UGCCAACAGCUUUUGUGGAGAGAGAGAAAAUGGAGGGAAAUUGAGAGAGAGAGAGAGAGAGAGAGAGAGAGAGGAAAAUGGGAGAAGAUCAGAUGUGCUUGGAAUGCUUGCAGCAACGAAUCCAAACCGAUUUUUCGGAUAAACUCAUCUUUCGUUACGGGAUUUCCGAUUCUGCUCUUCCAUUCGCUUCUCGGGCUGUCGUACAGAUCGGCUUGAGUAGUGGAGGAGACAAAGUAGUAUGCGAGGAGAUUUCGCCUCAAUUAGUAUUGGCAGUAGUAGCAAAUCAUGAAGAUGAGUGCCAGUCAGAAUAUGUGGAUGGGUACCCUUCCGAAAAUGUCAAGGAUAACAAUACAUAUGGAAAGAAUAAUACACCUUCUUCAGAUAUUGGUCAAUGCCCGGCUGAAGCCAGUUUUGGAGUUCUCAAUGAUGAGAUUGUGUCACUGGCCUUCACAGAGGAUGAUCCUCAGUGCUCGGUCAACUUCAGCAGCACAACCCCAGCGGUAGUGGAGUCUGAAAUUUCCAGUACUAGUUAUUCCCACAUAUACUCAUGCUCAAGGGCAAUUGCUGCAUUGUCUCCGGUUGCUUAUGUUGGCAUUGGUUCCUACUCCACAAUUGAGGACCUUGUUCACAAAUAUUUAUCUGGUUGUCUUGAAGAUCAUAUAAUGUCAUCACUUAAUCUCCUCAUUGAGGGAAAGCAAACAGAUCAAGAUGUUGCAAAUUUUCUUGGUUUAGUUGGACUGCCCUCAUUUACUGAGGGCAGUAUUGCUGGGUGCGUGAGGCAUCCUAACAUAGCCCCUGUUUUGGGCAUGCUAAAAGUGCCUGGAUAUAUCAGUUUACUGUAUCCAAAACCUCCUUAUACUCUGGAAAAUAUUCUGCACUAUAGUCCCAAGGCACUGAAGUCUGAUUGGCAUAUUAGAUUUUUAAUCUACCAAAUACUCUCUGCCUUAGCAUACAUCCAUGGUCUAGGGGUUACCCAUGGCAAUCUAUGCCCAUCCAAUAUAAUGUUGACAGAUUCAUGUUGGUCUUGGCUUAGUAUGUCUGAUAAGCGACGAGUAAAAGGAAACUUGAGGUCGAUGAAUAAACAAGUGCCUUCCAUAUCUCCGCCAAGGGUAACAUGCUGCAUGGAAAAUUGUCCUUCUCAAUCCCUUUAUGCUGAUUUGCAACUGUCACCUUCUACAGAUUGGCACUGUGAUUUCAAGCGGUGGUGGAAAGGUGAAUUGAGUAACUAUGAUUACCUCCUUGUAUUAAACAGAUUAGCUGGGAGAAGAUGGGGUGACCACACGUUUCAUAUAGUCAUGCCCUGGGUUAUUGAUUUUAGUGUGAUACCUGAUGAAACUUCUGAUGCUGGUUGGAGAGACCUUCGAAAGAGCAAAUGGCGAUUAGCAAAAGGCGAUGAGCAGUUGGAUUUCACCUAUUCAACAUCUGAGAUUCCACAUCAUGUUUCGGAUGAAUGCCUUUCAGAAUUGGCAGUCUGCAGUUAUAAAGCAAGAAGGCUACCUUUGAGUGUACUGCGUUCAGCUGUUCGUUCAGUUUAUGAACCCAACGAGUAUCCUGCAAAUAUGCAGAGACUUUACCAAUGGACUCCAGAUGAAUGUAUUCCUGAGUUUUAUAGUGACCCUCGAAUUUUCAUAUCUCUUCAUUCUGGGAUGAGUGAUCUGGCUGUACCUGCAUGGGCAAGCAGUCCAGAAGAGUUUAUUUCCUUGCAUCGGGCUGCUUUAGAAAGUGAUCGUGUCUCACGACAAAUUCAUCACUGGUUUGACAUAACGUUUGGAUACAAGAUGUCUGGUGAAGCUGCUGUUAUAGCAAAGAAUGUUAUGUUGCCCACGGCAGUGCCCAUGAUGCCGAAGUCAAUGGGACGCCGUCAGCUCUUCACUCGACCACAUCCAAUGCGCCGAGGUUUUGAGCCAAACUCAAAUUAUAUCUCAACAGAGCCUGCACCGCUUAGCUGUCAAUUGCAAGGAAACCAAAGCAAAAUAAAUUCCAAACUGGUAUCAAAAGAUUUUUCGGAUCCUAUACAGGUGGCCUCCGAGAAAUUCUUUACAGAGGCCAAUGAUUUGGGAAAAUUGGAAGAAGCAAUUUCAUUUUGUGAAUAUGGUCGGAAUUUGAGUCCCUGCUAUACAUUCCAUCAAGAUAAUUUUGGUGAGAACACCUCUAGAGAAAAAGAGCUGACAAAUGAGCAUUUUAAAAAUAAGAUGCCAAGUGUGCCACGUGGUGACUCCUUGGAGGUAUCUGAUAUUGAUUUAAGCAGCCUUCUUGAAUAUCUUGAAGCUGAUGACAGCGUCUCUAUGGGCUUUCAAGAGUUAUUACUGUGGAGGCAGAAACCAUCUCUGGGAUCCUGUUCUCAAGAUGCUGCAGGUGACAUAUUUUCUGUUGGUUGCAUGCUGGCUGAAAUGUAUUUGAACAGGCCACUUUACAAUCCAGUCUCUUUUGCUGCAUACUGGGAGAAUAGCAUUUUACCUGGACUGAUCGAAGAGCUUCCUCCCCAUGCUAAACUGCUUGUUGAAGUAUCCAUCCAAAGAGAUUGGGAGAGGAGGCCUUCAGCACAAUGUUUGCUUGAAUCACCAUAUUUCCCUGCAACAGUGAGGUCAGCAUAUUUUUUUCUUGCGCCACUUCACCUUUUGGCGAGAAGCGGCUCACGUCUUCAGUAUGCAGCUAAGUUUGCAAAAGGAGGAGCCCUGAAAUCCAUGGGAGCAUUUGCUGCAGAGAUGUGUGCACCCUAUUGCUUACCACUCAUCAUGGCUUCUUUAUCGGAUGUUGAGGCCGAGUCAGCAUUAUACUUGCUGAUAGAGUUUUUGAAGUGCUUGAAACCUCAAGCAAUAAAGACUCUGAUCUUACCUGCCAUGCAGAAAAUUCUACAGGCAACUGACUAUUCUCAUCUUAAGGUUUUGCUCCUCCAAAACUCGUUUGUGCGUGAGGUAUGGAAGCAGGUGGGUAAGCAUGCGUAUCUGGAGAAAAUGCAUCCGUUGGUCAUCUCAAAUUUAUAUGUUUCACCUCAUAAGAACUCAGCUUCGGCAGCUUCCGUGCUGCUGAUUGGCUCCUGCGAAGAACUUGGCAUACCUGUAACAGUUAACCAGACAAUCUUGCCUUUAAUCCACUGUUUUGGGAAAGGAAUCUGCACUGAUGGAAUUGAUGCCCUGGUUAGAAUUGGUGGGCUUCUGGGAGAGAACUUUGUUGUCAGGCAACUUCUACCUUUGCUAAGGAAUGUUAUUGUUUCUUGUAUUGAUGUUUCAUGCAUUGAUAAGCCCGAACCUCUGCAGAGUUGGAACUCUUUAGCACUGAUCGAUAGUCUGGUAGCUUUAGAUGGUCUGGCUGCAGUGUUGCCAAGGGAGGUGGUCCUCAAGGAGCUGAUCCAGGACCAAAUCUGCCUCCAUGUUAAGGUUCUUACGCAGGUCCAUCUGGAGCUUCCUGUGCUUCAGGUUGCUGCGACUACACUGAUUGCAGUUUGUCAGAGGAUUGGACCAGAUUUCUCAGCUUUACAUGUCCUGCCACAGCUUAAAGAGCUGUUCGGUGAACUUGCAUUCUCUCAGGAGAUAACCACUGGUGCUGGUUCCUCGGGCAGAAGCCUAAAAUUUUCCAGAUCAAAGAUAGAUGAAGAGGCUCUAAUUGGAAAUCGCAUGGACCUUGUGUUGCUUUUAUAUCCUUUUUUCGCAUCUCUUCUAGGUAUAGAGAAACUGCGCCAGUGCUGUGCCACAUGGUUGCUUCUAGAACAGUACCUUCAGCGUUUUCACAAUUGGAAGUGGGAAUAUACAGGGGAUACAUCUAAAAAUGCUGCUGAAAGCAUAAACGCUCAAAGGCCCAUUUUCAGCAAAAUUCCAACUUCUGAAUACAACCCAGCUAGGCUGUUGCUGAAUGGUGUUGGGUGGUCUAUACCACAAUCACAGGGUGCUAGAGGUGGCAAGAGCUCGAUGAAUUAUAAGCCACCAGAUGAUCCUCAACGAACUCCACUCAUCAAGCAUGUAGCCACGUUGGGUCCUGGGAAACGUGAGCCAUGGUUCUGGUUCCCUAGCCCUGCUGCUAGUUGGGAUGGACCAGAUUUUCUUAGUCGCAUUGGGGGCCUAAAAGAUGAACUUCCUUGGAAGAUCAGGUCUUCGAUUAUUUGUUCUGUACGCGCACAUCCUGGGGCACUGAGAACCUUAGCUGUUUGCCAUGAUGAAUGUACAGUUUUCACAGGAGGAGUUGGUCCGGGAUUCAAGGGAACCGUUCAAAAGUGGGAAUUGCCAAGAAUGGACUGUGUUUCUGGUUAUUAUGGCCAUGAGGAGGUUGUGAAUGACAUUUGCGUGUUGUCUUCAAGUGGGAGGGUAGCUUCUUGUGAUGGAACAAUUCAUGUAUGGAACAGUCAAACUGGGAAAUUGAUAUCAGUGUAUGCUGAGCCAUCUACAAAUUCCUCAUAUCUAGCUAGUUCCUUACCAAUGGCAGCAAAGGUCAUAUCUGAUCAAUCCAAUAUGCUGAACUCCAAUACACUAUCCAGUGGAAUUUUGUCUUCUGCAUUCAAUGGAAGCUUGUACACGUGCAUGCGCCACAUAGAAUCUGAUGAUAAGCUUGUUGUUGGCAUGGGAAAUGGUUCCCUCAGAUUCAUUGACAUUGUUCAAGAUCAGAAACUGCACUUAUGGAAGAGUGAUACAGUAGAAUACAGUUUAUCUUCUCUUGUAUCUGCCAUUUGCUCUUGUGGGUCGGAGAAACUGCUAAUGGAAGGAGUUGCAUCUUCAUCAUCUUGGAUUGCAGCUGGGCUAAGUUCGGGUCAUUGCAGGCUCCUUGAUGCAAGGAGUGGAAACGUUAUCACUUUCUGGCGAGCACAUGAUGGCUAUAUUACUAAGUUGGCUGCACCGGAGGAUCAUUUGCUUGUUUCCAGUUCUCUCGAUAAAACUCUCAGAGUUUGGGACUUGAGAAGAAACUGCCCAUCUCCGUCAACUGUUUUUAGAGGCCAUUCGGACGGCAUCUCCAGUUUCUCCGUGUGGGGUCAAGAUGUGAUUUCAGUAUCCAAGAACAAGAUCGGUCUCUCCUCUCUUUCUAGAUGUGCAGAUGAAGUAAGAAAUGAUGGAGAGCAGCGAAUUUUGCCUCAGAAACUAUACAUGUCCGAUCGUGGAAUGAGAAAUCUGUCAGUUCUAUCAAGCAUUGGCAUUCUUCCCUUUUCACGGUUAUUUCUUGUUGGAACGGAGGAUGGUUAUCUGAAGAUCUGUUGUUAGAUUUCUUCUUUUAGUGUGUUCUGGCUCAUCUUUCCUGUGCUCUGUUUUUUCUUCCCAAAUGUUUGAAAGCGUCAAAAAGGCAUGUUUGAGGUGGGCUCCACUGGAUGUAGUCUGGAAUAAGCUCAUCAGGUUGGCUACAUGAAGGCAUUAGAUUUGGGCUGCUGGUUUUAUUUAUUGAUUUAUUGAUUUAUCCAUCCAUUGCUUCUGUAAGUCAGCAGCCUGUUCGAUGCCAGGGACACCUGAUGCAUGGCUCAGAUGUCCCAUGAAUGUAAUGUUCGUGUGUAGAGGUGCAGGCAUGCAUGCAUGUGUGGUCCUUGACGCAAUGGGCCACAUGGGUGCAUGUGCAGAUGAUCCAGACUGUGCAUCUGGUGGAGCUUAAAUCUGAUGGAUGACUAACAGAACUGACACAAUUUGUGGAUCCUAGAUGUAUGGUUUUCUUGGAUUUAUUAUCCAUUUUCGUUAUCAGCCAAUCCAUUUAAGAGCCA